AUGUACAAAAUAGAAGUGGACCCAAAGCUCUUUAUAACUUGUCGCUUAUGUUUAGAUGAAAUGGGCCAAUACCAGAUUGUCCCUAGAGUUAAAGAGCAAAUUAAAUUCUGUUUUGAUUUUGACGUUGAUCCUUUUGAUGGAUUGCCCCAAUUAAUAUGUAAAAAAUGUGAGACAAUUUUAUCACAAUUCAAUGAUAUAAAGAAAAAAUUUGUAGAGAAACAAAAUAACCUCAAGAAAGGCACAAACACAUCAAAAUUACUAGAUAAUAAUGAGGUUUCUACAUCAUCACAACAAGAUACUGUUUCUUCUACUCAGACAACUGUAUUUGAGAGCAACACUAAAAAGAAACAAUUUUGUUUAAGUUUGAAAAGAACUCAGGGUACUUCUCUCCAGGAAACGGACUCUUAUGUUGUGUCUAAUAAGAAAGUUAAAGGACCAAAGCAAGGCUGGCGCUUAGAUUAUUACAAAUACUUUGCGUGCAAAAUCUGCAGUAACUCAUUUAGACACAGAAAAAAAUUAAACAAGCAUAUGCAAAUUCACAACUCAUUGUUAGAGAAAUUUAGUUAUGUAUUUAAUAAGGAUUGUAAAAUUUAUUUACCUAAAAUAGAUGAAAAGACAAAUUUUACUGGUAUGAAUGAUAUGAUUGUGCUAGACAAGGAAAAGAUUCUACACAGUGGCAAUGCAGAAUACAACAUUUUCUACACGCAUAGAAGUAUAAAACUCUCUGAUAACGAAAAAACUAGUAUGCCUGAAUCCUCCGAUGAAGACAUUAUAACUUUUAGGAAAAGGAAAAGAUUGAGAUUAUUGUCAAAAAACUCAGACGAAACAGUGUUUGUAGAAUGUGCUGAGAAUACAUUAAAGAUGGAAAAAGAGGGAGCUGAGGCAGAUCAAGAAAACAGAGAAAUUGAGUGUGUCGAUAUUGAUUCUUCAUCAGAAGCAGAAACUGAAAAAAUUGAAACUAAACCAAAGGUUACUGAUGUUGACUUUAACAAGAAAACAAUUAUAGCUCAACUUGUUUCCUCCUGUGCAAAGAAAUAUGAACCUAAAGAUGGAAACUUAACAGUAAACAAACAAUCGCAGUUGCAGCAUAAAAUUUUAAGCAUGGGUCGGAAAAUAGUCAAUAAAAAAACAUUCAAUUGCACAGGUUUACUACGAUAUCUUGAGAAUAAAGAUCUUGAUGUAGUCUGGAAUCCUAAAAGUGAACGAAACAUUGAGUCGGAUUUUGUUCGCAUUAGAACAUUAUUAAGAGGUAAUACAAAAGAGGACAGUGAAAAUGGAUGGGAAUGUUUGAGUACACAACUUAAGAUACCCAAGACUAGUACAUCCAAUAUUGAUUUGUUAAGUGAGGGGCACAAUGUAGAUAAUUUUGCUAAAGCUGCUGCUGAACCUGCAGUUGAGACAAGACAAAUAGAUGUAGCUGAGUGUAUUCCAAUCUCAUCCACAAAAGAAAAUACAAACUUGAAUAAACUAUUAAAUCAAAAUCCAGUUGCUCACCCUAAACAGAUUCCACGUAAAACAAAUUCAAAACUUAACGUCACUGCAGAUAGAAAAACGCUGCCUUCCUCUACCACCAAUAGUGAACAAAACAUGCAAGAAUUACAGAUGCCCAUUAUUACAGGCACAGUAUCGUUGGCCACUGAUAAUGUAAGUAGUAAUUCUAAUAUAAAAAAUGCUGCUAAAGAAGCCGAAGUUACAGUAGCGUUUGUACCCAGAAUAAAAGUAAAGCCAGUAUCACAGCUUAUGCCAGACAAACAUACUACCUCAUCUGCAGUGGUGGGAAUACCACAGACACCCUCUUGGAACUUACCGGUGAGCCCUGGCAAGAAUACUUCUGUUUCUUGUGGAAAGAUCAUAAUUCAAGAUAGCGACUGGGUCAUAAUGCAUACUGUCGAGUUACCAAACACUAGAACCCGCUCGCCUUUCAAAUAUUUCCAAAAUCUGUUACAUAUUCACAAUAUCAUUUUAUUGGAUACCACAGAUACAAUUACGGCCGAUUUUGCCUGUCUUAUUAAAUUUAAAUCGAUCUUUAAGCAAGAAUCCAAAAGUAUAACACUCUGUCUGUCCCUAUAUAGUAAUGUCAAACAAUUUUACGUUAAGGUAACCGAUACAACGACACCCAUAGAUAUAGUAAGUUUGAUGCCCACGUGGCAAUGGGAAAUACUGCAGUUGUACAACAGUGAUAUUAUCAAUAACUUAUUAGAGAACGCUAAGAAAAUUAGUCAGAAAAUGUACGAUUCCACGAACUAUUUCAUGUCAUUGUUAAGAUCGAUUGUAUUUCGUAGGGAAAAGUAG